AUGGAUAAACUUAAAUCCAUGAAGGCCCACCAAGUGCGCUCCGAGGCUUGUAAGGCGAGUAUAGAAGCCGCCACGCCUCCCCCGCCCCUGCCCACGGACAGAGUCGUACGACGCAUCCGAAUUAGACCAAGGAAGCAGUAUGCGCCCAGACAGUUGAGGAACACCACGUCACCGGUCUCCGAGAGCGACCAGUCCACCUCUGAUCAUCAGACUCCCACACCCCCUCGUCCCAGGCCCAGCAGAAGAAGGACAACAAGAUCCGUCCAGGCCAUCAACGAGGAAGGUCAGCAGCCGGAGACUCCUGUCCGUGAGCAGACCCACCUGGCCCCCACCACUAGUUGCCUACAGCCUCAGACUUAUGCUCAGGCUCUUAGGACCAGCCCCCCCACUGCAAUGACCCCUCUUACUUGCCGCGACAGCCCCCCUUUAAGGGCUAGUCAGUCGCUGGCUGAGGUGUGCUCCAGUCAGCGGGCCCGGCUAAGUCCCGCCACUACUUGCACUCCACCAGUCUGCCCCUCCACUGCUAUGCAAGCAGCCAUCUCUCCUGCCUGCACCCCCCAACAGUCUAUUCCUGGGACCCUGAUCCCACUACCCGAUGAGGACUCUUCUUCCAUCCCCAGUUGGGUAACGAAUUGGAAACAUCGGUUUGACUGUGCCAUCGAUGGAGACAUGUUGGCAGCUAUGGUGGACGAUCUUGUCGCACUGGCCCAAGACAUAUGCAAGAUCUCUGACACUACCAUUCAGCCGACUGAGCGUUCCUUGGCCCACUCCUCGAUUGCCUCCGAUGCUAAGCGCAUCCAAAAGUUAUUCAGGGCUAACCGCAAAAAGGCGAUGAGUUACAUCACCAGCGGCCAACCCAAAUACUGCAACAUCGAGGGCCACAUACUGCACGACCACUUCAAAGAGAUCUAUGCGGGCAACUCACAACAUCGUCCUACUGCUCCGACUGUUGCCCCCCUCCACUGCGAUCCUGAUACCAACAACCCACUGGCGGGGCCCUUUACUCCCGCUGAGGUAAGCGCCCGCUUGCAACGUUGCCACAACACUGCUCCUGGACCAGACGGCCUUCGUUACCAUCAUUGGUCACGAGUCGAUCCAAGAGGAACCAUCUUAAGCAGUGUAUUCAAUGCGGCUCUCCGCACAUCCUACAUUCCACCCAGUUGGCAAACUUCUAACACUAUUCUCUUGCACAAAAAAGGCAAUGAGAACAACACCUCCAAUUGGCGCCCAAUCGCACUCUCAAACACCCUUGGUAAAGUCUUUUCAGCUUGCCUAGCCAACAGACUUCUUGGCUGGUGUAAAGAGCACAACAUCCUCUCCGAUGCUCAAAAGGGCUUUCUACAGCAUGAGGGCUGCCUCGAUCACAACUUCCUCCUACAAUCCACCAUACAAGACGCCAGGAGGAAGCGAAGAUCGUGCCACAUUGCAUGGCUGGACAUCCGUAAUGCCUUUGGUUCUGUCCCACAUGGCACCAUCGUCCAAUGCCUGCAAUGGUGUGGCCUCCAUGAAGAGAGUGUCGAUAUAAUCACCAGAUUACUCCAAAACUGCACCACCAAGAUCCGUGCCCACAACGGGUACACUAACGAGAUACCCAUCCGGUCUGGUGUCAAGCAGGGGUGCCCUCUUAGCCCCCUGCUCUUCAAUAUUGUCAUAGAGACUGCGGUAAGGGGUAUCCGCAACCUCCAGCUUGGGUAUGCCUUGGAAGGAGAGUCAAUCGACAUCCUCGCCUAUGCGGACGAUCUUGUCCUCGUCAGUUCCACCGCCGAGGGAUUACAACAGCAACUUGACCACAUCUCCUGUUGGGCCAACUGGGCUGGACUCCAGUUUAACCCAGCCAAAUGUGCCACCCUGACGGUGCUAGGCAAAAACCACGACACCGGCGACAUAACCUUCCACAUACAAGGGACAGACAUCCCAUACCUACGCGCCGACGAGUCAUACUCCUAUCUCGGCAUUCCCACUGGGUUCACCACCCACCAUACCAGCGACAUCAUCAUCAACAACCUGGAGAAUGACAUCAAACAGCUUAAUAACUCCAAACUUGCCCCCUGGCAAAAAAUUGAAGCUGUUAACUCCAUAUUACUGCCGAGGCUAACUUUUCAUCUUCUUAUGGGAUCAAACCCGAAGAAACGCCUUAACACACUAGACCGCCUCAUUAAGAACUGUGUUAAAAAGUGGCUUAACUUACCUCAGCGCGCAAGCGCAGAAGUGGUUCACCUCCCCCAUGAUCACGGCAGGGCCAACGUCACUUCUUGCAACACACUAUCUGACAUCUGUCAGAUCACUCACGGGAUGCAUCUCUUUACAUCGAGAGACCCAAGAGUGAGUAGGAUCGCCACCAAUCUUCUUCGCCACGUUGUGCGAAAACGCAUCCGUCGUGAACCCACACAAGAAGACAUCUGUACUUACCUAAACGGGUCAACGGAGGGUGAAUUUGGCCGAGAUCCAGGGGACAUAACCUCUACCUGGACACGACUCCGCACUGCCACACGACGACUGCGGAAGUCCAUCAACAUCGCCUGGGACACCUGCGACAGCAAUAUUGUAAUCACAUCCGAAGGCAACAUUAUCCCAAGACACGCAACCUCCAGGGCUCUGACUGCACUAGCAAAAAAUGCCCUCCUAAAUCGCCUCCUGAGAAAGCCCGACCAGGGCAAAGCCAUCAAACUUACAGCACAACACCCUGCCAGUAACCAUUUUCUCAGGGACGGCCGAUACACCUCCUUUGCAGAUUGGAGGUUUAUACACAGAGCACGCCUCAGUGUAGUGCCACUGCACGGCCUACGACGUUUCGGCCAACUACCCACCAAGUGCCGCAACUGCAGUCACCCUAAGGAAACCCUGGCGCAUGUUUUGAAUCACUGCGCCGGAAACCUUCACCUCGCCACUGAACGGCACAACGCUGUGUUGCACAGGCUCCGUCGGGCUAUGAACGAUAAGGACCUGACCAUCUAUAGCAACCAGCGCAUCCCAGGCUACAAUGACAACUGUCGCCCUGACCUAGUGGCCGUUCACGAACCUACUAAAACCGCAACAAUAAUAGAUGUCGUCAUACCAUUCGAAAAUGGACAAGAGGCCUUCAAUCAUGCUAGAGCCGCCAAAAUCGAGAAGUAUGCGUCGCUCGCACAUCACUAUAGAUCUCAGGGAUAUGACACCUUCUGCGACGCCUUCGUCGUUGGAUCCCUCGGUGCUUACGACCCAGGUAACACCGCCGUCCUCCAACGCCUGGGAAUCAAACGGAACUACACCAAGCUGAUGGCCAAACUAAUGAUCAGCGACACCAUCCGUUGGAGCCGGGAGAUCUACAUGUACCACUUGAACCACCAGCAGCCUCGCAACCAACACGGACGCUCCUCUUCCAGCCAACAUGGACACUCAUCAAAUCAACAGGAAGUUUCAGCGCAUCGUGGACAACCCACUUCCAGGGACUACCGACGGCAACAAAGACGUCCUCGCCAGGAUUAG